GAGAAAGCAAGAGAAAGAGAUAAGAUCAAAAAGGUAGUGGUGGGAAGAGACCAACUGUAACAAAUGUAUGCGACAACAACAGAAAAAAAGGCGCACUGGGUUGGCUGAGCUGACAGUGGGUUAGACGAGCUGAUGAUAGGAGAGAGUGAAAGACAGAGAGUGAAAGACAGAGAGUGAACAGUGUGCACAGACAGAAAGGUGCAGCGGUGAAGGCACCCAGGUAUAUCUGCAAUAGUUCCUUGAAGUAAAUUAAAAGAGGGGAAGGAGGCAGACGUCUAUGGAAACCCAGAGUGGAUAAAAAGAACGGACUGUUUAAGUAGAGCUGUAUAUGGUAGCCAGGAGAGGCAGGCGAGCAACAGACACAGGUUUGGUAUGCCCUAAAUCAGAUGCCUCCAAAAUGGCGCAGGUCUGGUAUAGCUGACGACUGAGCUGGCCUGGGGAUUACAGUCAACUUGGCCUGAACUUGACCUCAGGUUUGAAACUAGUCUCAUUAAGAGCCUGGCAGAUUAUCAGUGACAUAGGGACCUGACCUUCAAUUCGGACUCUACACAUCGGCAGACAGUAUGGAGGUGUCUGUACAGAUGUAUGCUUUGCUGUUGAGUGGGGCAGUCCUCAUGACAGUCAUCCUGUUAACUGGCCUGUGUCUCAGGUGCAGAAGACACAACAUGCCCAUUUCCAUUCACCAGCGUUACAGCGAGGAUUAUGCUCAACCCAACACGGGAUUUGUUUUGGAACGACCAGCGUACAACCUCUCUGCUGCCACAAGCUGGGGUGCGCCACCUUCCAGCCUCCUUCAGCCCAUUUCACCACAGAUAGUUCAGAGAUCUGUCACUCCACCUGAAAAUGGGAGCAAUGCUAGUUAUGAGAAUCCAGGAGAGGAGUUGGUGGAAGACGAGAUACCGGGAUCAGAAUACCUAGAUGUUUUACCUUCAGAGCUUCCUGGGACUGGGUCUCUGCGUCGUUCCAACAUGAGUCUUAUGUCCAAAAGUUCGCAAAGCACAGAGCCACCUUAUGUCAACGUGGAAGCAGAGACAGACGUGGACAAUGAAAACAGUGAUGCAGAGAACUAUGUCAAUUUGGAAACUAUGGAGAACUGUGAUAAUAGUGACAGCGAUGAUAGUGAUGAAAACUAUGUCAAUACUAAAGGUAUGGCCCACAUUGGCACAUUAAACAGAAUGUAACGUGCAAGGGAUGUGCAUUUGUCCCAGAUUACAAUGUUUUGCCUAUAUAGUACAGUACCUUUGACCAGAGCCCUACGGAGUUUUCACUAUAAAGGAAUUAGGGUGCCAUUUGAGACAGCCAUAUUCCCUAUUGAUUUUAUCCUAAUGACAUCACUGCUUUUAAUAGGCUGCUAGAUGAUCUGUGAUAUCCAUGGGAACAGAAAUAGUGACUGAACUCAUAUUUAUUUCUAAAGCUUUUUUACUCGCAGUCUGAAGAGGCCAAAGCACACUUAUUGUUAGUUGUGUAAUUUUGCUCUUUGUGCCUUUAAAUGGUAAAAAUAUCCAAACAAUCUGGUAAGCAGUUGUAAACUUAGCUUGCAACAUAAAUUCUGAGUGAGAAAGCAAAUGACUGAAUACACACCAAUCAGAUUUCUUCACCUGUAACCUGCUGUUAGACUAGUGAGUAUCCCUAAACAGAUCUGAGCACUCAAGACUGCAGUGUAAACAGCAUUAGAUUUGAAGCUUCCACAUCUGGCAGACAGGUAGAUAAUUACCUGUUGAUCCACCAAUCAGAUCAGUUCUGACAAAUAACUUACUAUAAUUAAGACCUAUGUACAACAUUAGAAAAACAUUUGUUCUACAUGUCUUUGUAUAGUUAAAUGCCUUGGAACAUGUUUUAAGAGGCAGCACAAACAUUGUAAAGAAAUUUGACCGCCAGUGAAAAUGCUGCUUAAUGUUAAUGUUUUGGCUGCCUUGUGUGAACAACCCGCUACAACUAAACUUAUUUGAAUUGUAUUAUUUAAAAAAGGUUACAGAAUCCCUGGUAGAGGAUGAUUGAGGGGCUGCAUUAAAAGCUCCUUGAACAGACGUGUGUCAAUGCUGCAGCAGUUUAAUUAAUAGAUCUUCUGACAACUCCUGAGAAUAUGAUUAGUUUACUGGUUUGAUGUUUUUCUGAUGUAUUUAAUUUGUUACCGGGACAUUCCACAUGCCAACUACAAUGAAUCUACUUUUACAGUAGUUCAAUUUACUUUUGUAAAUAAAUCUAAUAAAUUCUUGGCCAUUUGUGUAUGCAUUUCUGAAUUAAUUGUAAAACAAUGCUGUUAAAACAAGCACAUAUGGUAUGGCACCAAAUACAGUUGACUAUGAAAGACUAAUGGAUAGAAUCAUUUUGGUAAUAAAAUUCAGUACACUGA